AUGCUAAUCAAAAUCAUAUAUAUAAUUUAUAAUAGAUUUAAAAUUAUUACUUAUACACUCUAUUUAAUAAUAACGCAAGAUUCAUAUUUUUUAAUUAAUGUGAUACUAAUUCCAUAUAUAUAUCACCUUUUAAGCUUGCCAAAAGUAAUUGUGCAUAAUUAUAGACUUGCAUUUAAUAUUAAUACAAUUUGUCUCUUAGAUGAUUGUCAUACAUACAGAUUUAUAAAAAAGAUACAAUUAGACAAUUGUAAUUCAACUUUUGUUAAAAGCUUUUUAUCAGAAAACAAGCAUUUCUUUAAUAUAAAUUUUUUAGACAAUUUAUAUGUAAAAAAUAAAAUAGAACAAUUAAAAAACUAUGGUUUUCUUAAACAAAUGAAAUUGAUCUCUAUUACAUCAAACAAUAUUAAAUAUAUUACUCUGAAUCUCACUUUCAAUCCCAUAUUAAAAAGAGUAAAAAUUUUUAAGCAAAAGAAAUUAUUAAUACCAAGCAGUAUUUUAAUUAAUAUCUUUUAUAAACAGAUAGGUUUACCUAAAAAUUAUAUUAAGAUUAAUCAGAGUAUUCAAGAUAUUUGUCGAUGGUACCAAUCUAAAGGCUUCCAUUGGAUUGAUAUUCAGCUGAUCAAAACAAAAAAAACUGAAGAGAUAUAUCUUCAAAUCUUUGAAGGUGAGGUAGCCACUAGCUAUAUUAUUUGCGCACAAGCUAAUAUGUUUUCCAAGAAAAUAAUAUUUAAUAAAGAAAAGAAAAUAAUUGAAAAACUAGGUUUUAUUAAGGGUGAAAAACUAAAUAUAAAAAAAAUUGAAUUAGGAAUAAGACAACUAAAAAACAGUAAAAUCUUAAAUGAUUGUACAUAUUUUGUUGAAAGGAAUGCUUCAGGCUUAAAUAUAUUUUUUAAAUAUAAUGUAUUGAAAUCUAAUUCCAAGUUUUUCUUUCAAGAAGCAACAAUCGUUAAUAACUAUAAGCAAAUAGAUGAGAUAUGGAACUAUUAUUUUUACAAAAAUAAACUUAGUUUAUCAAGAAUCCCAAAACAAAUAUAUUCUAAUCAUUAUAAGAGUAUUUUGAAAUCACAUAAACUUUUUAAGCUACUUAUUUUACAGAUAGAGGAAAAGAUUAAAUAUUGUAUACGACCAUUAUUAAAUUAUAUUACAAUUAAAUAUCAUUUGCAUAAAACAUAUUAUGACAAACAAAAUUUUACUAUAGAUGUACAUAUGACUAGACAGAAUACUACUAUAAGCAUGCUAUUUUUUUUGCCUGAUAUAAAAUUAACUAACUAUUCAUUGGGAUACACUAUUUUAAACUUUUACUAUGAAUAUUAUAAAUAUAAUUUAUUAAAUGAUAUACAAAAAUCACAAUUAUUAAAUCUAUAUUCUUCUAAGAAAAAUUUGAUAUGCACUAAAAUAUUGUUUUCGGGCUUUAAUAUAUCAUUAGACAAAAGUUUAAAUGAAUACAUCAAUACAGAAGUAAGGCUUAUUACUCAGCGUCAUGGAGCGAAUCAAAAGUUCAUAAGUAUUAGUAAAUAUAGCCAAAAUAAUUAUUAUGCAAGCAAUGAAAUAAAUGCAAUAUUAGUCAAUGUAUUUUUAAAAAACAUAACUAAAAGUCUUAAACAAAAAUUAAUGAUUUUUAGAAUAUUAAUCAAAUAUAAUACAUUAUGUUUAACUAAACAAUUUACAUCAGGCAAACUUUUUAUUGUAGAAUCAAUAUGCUUUAUGCCAUUUAUAGAUACAUCUUUUAAGAUAUUAUCAAGCAGUCACAGCUUACAUUUAAAAUAUAGUCAAAUAUAUGUUUUACCUAAAGUUUUAAAAUCAAUUUAUGCAAAUAUUUUAUUUGCAAUGAUUAAGAUAGAUUUGCUAGUAAAUAAUAAAAUGUAUAAAAAUGUAUUGCAUAAAAGCUAUGCUAACAUUUUUCUGAAAAAAAAUAAUAUUAAUAAUAAUUUAUAUCAACCUUUGUGUUUAUAUCACUUAGAAUAUAGUACUCAUAUAUUUCAUCAUUUGUCUUUAUAUAUUUUCUAUAAUUUUACUCAAAAUUUACCUUUAGACAAUAUAUAUAAUAAAAUUCCAUUUUUAUUUACCCAUCAACACUCGACAUUCAAUAAUUUAUCUACUUAUGAAGUAAAUAUAGGAUCUGGUAUACAAUUUAACGUACCUAUAUAUAAAAUGCCUACUUUUCGUAUUGAAUAUAAAAUUAGUAAUAAGAGCAAUUAUUUUUUACAAUUUCGUCUUUAUUCAAAAUACAACAAUUAA